AUGAGUUCAAGCCUUCUGACUUUUCUGGCCAACAAUCAAGGGACCACGCUCAAUUGUCUCUACAUCGACGCAGUCGAAUUCUUGGAAAAUAUGGAACAUAAUCCGGAACUUAGCAAAUUUACCUCGAUAAACACUUUGAGAUGGAACGGCCUUCUCCUUCCAAGAGAGAUCGAAACCAUAUCCCAGAUCAUUAAAGCUAGUGCAUCCACACUGCAAACAGUCAGUUUUGGGAUUAUCCACCCAAGAGAUGAAAUACGAGGUCAGCUUCAAAUGCAUCAGCUUGAAAGGCUCGAUCUUCCUGCUUUAGUUGAAUAUCAAGCACCGCUUCGAGUCCACGCAGAUGUAGACAUCUUCAAUAUCAUACUCCCCCUCUCACAGCUCCAACGACUUUAUAUAACAGAUAUCGGUAUUGCUGGGCGAGGGAAUGGAAUAGACCUUCUUACCUCCAUAAAGGGCCUGGUGGAGCUGCAUUACGUAUACGGUAGGACGUUCGAACGCCAAACUAUUUUAGCGAUUUUUAGCCACGGAAAGACGCUCAAGAGGUUGUACCUUUGCGCAGAUAUAUCUCAACCCACACCUUUGGUCCUUUCGGCGUCCACCCUUCACAAAAUAGGCCAAAAAUGCCCUAACCUUGUGGAAUUAGGGAUAACUAGAGACACAAACCAUUCCACGGACUGUAUCAGGGCUGAUAACUGUCCUUGUUUCCCUCUAAUGAUAUCAUUCCCCCUUCAUGCCUUUCCAAAGCUUGAAGUGCUUUUUCAUUCAGUUCAGCUUAAGGGUCCAUCAUCUAUGAUCGAAGAAGUUUAUUUCGCAAAUGAAGCCUUGGCCAGAGCGAUAAAAUGUGGGCUGGAGAACAUGCUGAACCACGAAAUACAUGAUCCUAUGCCGGUAAAAAGAUCAAACAACUUGAAGAUAGUGGCAAUGGGAGCUGGAGCGCCGGAACUUCACCGCUACCCACGGACACAAGCGCGUCCUAGACUCUGGAGGGUGGCUCACCAUGAUUCUACUGGAAAAGGGCCUAUAACGCUACAUCCAACCACCUUUGAUGAUAUAGAUAACGCGAAUCAUAGUUGGUAUUGUGCUCGGACGUCGAGGAAGAAGGAUUGUCAUGACUGGAAGUUACUGCGGCGGUAUCCACUCUUAAUCCCGAAUGAAGGCUUGUAA